AUGGCGGCUAAACGCACCCUCAGCCACGAGAUUGACUACUAUGUUAACAACUCCAACGACGAGCCGAGUAGGGCAACAUGGAUUGCGACGACGUCCUCCACCCAGCGCACUAUGGGACAAGCCAUCGCGGUGCGAGUCGUAAAUGUCGCAAUCACACUUGCAAUGAUUAUCGUAGCGAUCUUUAUAACAAAAAGGCUACGGGACUUGUAUCUCUUUCUGUUCCUCUUGCCGCUGCUUGCUGAACUCUGCUUUGCCGUUAGGAACGUUGUGUUGAAAAAUUCUGAGGAACCGGGGUGA